UCUAAAUCCUUCUUGAUGACGUAGUUAGUGACGUCAUGAGAUAAUGUCUUCUGCACUGAAGAUGGCGACUGCUCUAGGAGGUGUGAAUGGUGGUACUGAAUCUGAAUUUGGGGAUUCUAGGAAGAGGCCAUUGGACUCAGAAUUAGAUAUUGGGGCGACUAAAAGAUCUCACCAUGGCGGAGGUAGCGUAUAAAUUUUCUAGACCUCCGAUGAGCCUCUUUUUCAAAGACAAAUUAAUCAAUGGGUGUGACGUGGGCUGGACAUGCUGUCCGCACAUUUCUGGCUGUUCCGUACGGGGUACUGCGACUGCGGUUUGCCCGGAUACGUACGUGUUCGUGUGGGUCUACUGAGGCCGAAGCCUGAAGGCUUGAAACCGGCUGCUAAUGUAACUAAAAUCUUAGCCUCCAGAAGGAUUGAAUACCACUCCAGUAUUCCUGGAAUGUGGCUACGAUUUUGAUGAUUAAAUAUGACUAACCUAAAUGAUUUUUGCUCAAGUAGUGCUUUUAGAUGUUGAAAUUUUGUUCUAUAAAUGUACAUUAGCUUAAUUUGUAGAGGCGAAUCGGGUGACUGCCACAUCGUCACAAUUUUUUGCAUUUUAAUAUUGAGUGUCUAGUUUGUUAAUUAUGACUUGUGACUUGGCCAUGACUUCCGAAGUGCACUACCAUGAUCAAGGGCAAGGUUCACUAUAUGUUGAUGACUUGCAGAUAAGUUGUCAAGGUGCAGAUAUGAGAUACGUGGAGAGACGGUUGCAGAUCACUCUGAAUAGAAUUCAAAAGUGGUCAGAUGGUGAGGGCUUUAUGUUUUCAAAAGAGAAGACUGUAUGCGUGCACUUUUGUAAAAAGCAGAACCUUCAUCCUGAGCCUGAGCUUUACCACGGCUUGUUGAUUCCAGUUCUGUCUGAAGUAAAAUUUUUAGGUGCGGUGUUUGACCGUAAGCUUGCCUUUCUUCGUCAUGUGUUAUAUUUAAGGAAGAAGUGUUUCAAAAUAGUAAACCUACUAAAAGUACUGCGAACACCUCCUGGGGUGCAGAAACAUGGCUCUUUACUUCAUAUUUUCAAAUCGCUUGUACGUGCCAAAUUAGACUACGGCUCAACUGUAUAUGGAUUUGCACAGCCUUCUGUUUUAGUGAAACUUGAUCCCAUACAUCAUCAGGCCCCUGAAGUUCGGGAGUUUUCAGAACUUCUCCUGUCCAGAGCCUAUAUGUUGAUUGUUAUGAACUGGUGCUUCAACUAUGGCAUGAGCAAUUGUCUCUUUACCAGUAUUUUCAAUAUUAUGUCACAAUCUGAUCAUCCCCUCCAGGUGUGCAGUCCUUGAUGACUGUCACAAACUUCUAUUUUCUGCACAACCUCUUAACGUACUUCCUUUUUUAGAAGGAACAGAAAUGCUGAUAGAAAAAAUUUUGCUUGUCUGAUAUCAAGGUCCAGGCAGUAAAGUAUCUAGAAUUCUGACCUUGGUAUAAUCCUAAAAUUGAGCUACUGGAUGUUUUUCAAGACCUUAAUAAGAGUGACACUAAUGAGGUAAUAUACAGGCAAGUUUUCCUUAAGCAUAGAGAUGAAUCUCUGAAUUUCUGAGACUAGAAAUCCUCUGCUAGUAGAUAUUCUAAUAAUGCAUAAUAAACUAAAGAGCCAAGGGUACAAUAUUCUUUACUGCUGGGUCCCUGGACACAUAGGCAUAAAAGCUAACGAGCUGGCAGACACAGUUGCAAAGUAUACAAUUGCUUUGUUGAAUUCGCUUGUUCUUUUUAGUGAUAUCAAAAUAGCCAUCAAGCAGAGAAUCUCAAUCAAUCAAGAAUGGCAGUUAUUCUGGGGUGAUCAGGUUUUAAAUAAAUUGAAAAGUAUCAAACCUAAAUUAGAGUACUGGAAGAUGAACAGAAACCGGAGGGAGCAGGUGAUUUUAACCCUCCUUCAUAUCGGUCACACUCGAGCCACGCAUGGUUAUCUGUUGAAGGCCGAGAUUCAGUCUGUAUGUUCAAACUGUAAUGAUGUUUUAACUGUUCGUCACUUUUUAAUAAAAUGUUCACAUUUUAAAAGACUUCGAGUGAAAUACUUUAAUGACUCUGACUUGCCUCUGGACCUUAUAAUCAGGAAAGAGGCCAAUACAAAUUUAUUUGAGUACCUGAAAGAGACAGGCCUUUAUAAUUUAAUUUGAUUUUGUCUUGCUGUUACAUCUUAGUAUUUUAAUGAAAUGUAUUUUAAAUUAUUUCAUGUUUUAGAAUUUUACACCCAACUUCAUUUGAGCAUUGAUUGUUUCAUCAGUUUUGGAUUUUAUAUUUUCCGUUUGAUUUUGAGUCUGUCUGUGUAUUUGUAUAUAUGUUUGAUCUAUUAGCUGUGUUUUAAGUGUCUGACAUGUGGUUUGGCGCAUAUAACCUCUAAGGUUUUGCGCCAGAAUAUGGACACACCAACCUACCUAAAGGGAAAUUGGCUUAUAUUCACAAUACAUAAAAAAAACUAUGAAAAUUUUCACCUAGGCAGCUCAUUUGCUGGCAUUUAAACUCGGAUAAAAUUACUAGCAUUCACCAAUCUUAACCAUUCAGCUCCUGGUAGAUAUCAGUCUGUAGGAAUUAUUUUGCCUGCAGUACUGGAGUAAGAAAGUAACUAGUGAAAUGGUUUUUGGUUAUGCGUGAAAUUUUAUUAAAAUAGGCAUUGCUGAAUUGAGAAUAGGUUUGUUAUGCAAAAAUUGAGCAAUUUUUUUUUCCUAGCCUUUUAAUGUACUCUAAGUAUAGAUCUAAAUGAUUUAAUGGAAAAUGAAAUAGCCCAGUGCC